ACCAGUUCCUGUGUCCUUGAGUUCCUUCCAUAUGUCUCCCUCCCGACACGGCCCCCCGGCCCUCUUCAUGCAGUCUCCUGGGCCCAUUUGCCCGACAUGGAAUGAGGACGUCCAGAGCAGUCGGGGUGAAGGGGCCAAGGGAAGGGGGACAGCUCUCUGGUUCUGGCACUUCACCCACCAAGCCCUACCAUCUCCCUCAGAUUGGCGCUCUCCAGUCUGAACAAGCACACAGAGGCUGUGGCCUACUACAAGAAGGCUUUGGAGCUGGAUCCCGACAACGAGACAUACAAGUCCAAUCUCAAGAUAGCAGAACUGAAGCUGAGAGAGGCGCCCAGUCCAACAGGAGGUGUUGGCAGCUUUGACAUCGCCGGCCUGCUGAACAACCCAGGGUUCAUGAGCAUGGCAUCAAACCUUAUGAACAAUCCUCAAGUUCAACAGCUCAUGUCCGGGAUGAUCUCAGGUGGCCACAACCCCCUGGGGACCCCUGGUACCAGCCCCUCGCAGAAUGACCUGGCUAGUCUCAUCCAGGCGGGCCAGCAGUUUGCCCAGCAGAUGCAGCAGCAGAACCCAGAAUUGAUAGAACAGCUCCGGAGUCAGAUGCGGAGUCGGACCCCCAGUGCCAGCAAUGAGGACCAGCAGGAAUGACUGCCCAUCUGUUCCUGCGCCAUCGGGUCUUCCCCGGCCAACUGGAAGCCUCACGAUUUGCUGUUCUCUCCCAUUGGACUGCCCAAGAGAAAAAAAGAAAUUGGACCUGCAUGUUAAGCCAGAUUUUUAUUAUUUUUAUGUUUUCCUUUUACCACUCCUUACCUUUUUGUACUCCCAGGGCCCCCAGACCCUUCUCAAAACAGAGCCAGCAGUGUGCGUGUAGACCAGCACCCCUUCGCCCCCCAAAGACCCUCUCACUAAAGUCUUUUCUAGAAUCCUGGGAUGGAGACAGCCCCUGGGCCACUCUGAGAACAGGGUUUGUGCCCACCGCCCCCACGCCCACCCUGGUUUGUCUUCAGGGGCCUCCAGGGCCGGUGAAAGUGGCUUUCUGCAUCGACCUCUCACUUUCCCACUCGGACAAGCUCACUGCCAGCCACAGUCGGGGGGCCGUAUCUGCCCAGACCCUUGGAUCUCGGGUUUUUGCAUGAGGAGCUCUUAGUUGCAGAUUCCUUCCAGAUAGUUCUGUUCCCUGUGCUCUGGUGGGGGUAGGGCAUCCUGGGAACACAGGACCAGCCUCUGUGACUUUCCUUUCGUCGAUCUGAUCGCCAACCCUCUUUUCCCUGUAUUCACAACAAACCUCAGGGGCUUGAUGGUGACCUGGCCUGGCCCCUGAGUCCAUCCUAGCCUGUCUGUCCUGCCAGCCUGGCAUGUCCAGGCUCCUGGAGGGCUCUCCCCUCCUGUUCAGGUGCCACUUGCCUCAGCCUGAGUUGCCAUGCAGCCACCAGCGCUGCCUCUGGGGAGGGCAGUUGCACCAGCUGGUGGCUGAGCUGCCUGCCUGGAACAUCCCCUCAACUCCUGCCCACGCGGGGUGGGGAGGACGGAGUGCUGCUGGCCCCCGUCACCUGCCAUGGUAUCAGCAUCUGGGGCAUUGGAGGCUCCCUGGUGGUCUUCGCCCAUCUUUGAGGUAGAUCAGAUUCAUGUGUGUUGUAAGUGACCUGUAGGAAGAAGGGCCACCACCAGCCACCCACCGUCCCUCAUGCAUCCGGGAAGGUGUGUCCUGACUCUUGAGUGGUAGUCGUGGCAAUGAGUGUAAUGUGUGGGUAAUAAAAAGCGUGACCUCUGCUCAUCUCUGCAUGGACCUCAGUGCUGCCCACGCUCCCUGCUGCAGGUGCCCAGAACCCUCCAGCCUGAACUUCACAGACGGGCCAGGCUCCACUGCUGUGGGACAUGUCAACAUGUGGGACACGUCAACGUGUGCGACAAUGCAGCUGUAAGCACUUCCUGUGCCAGGGGUCUCAGGUGGUUCUAGAAACAGCAAAUCCGGGCUUCUGUGUCCCAAUCUCCCCAAGUUGAAAGGAUGACUGGCAGACAGGACAGACAUAAAUUUCCAGAGACAAGGCAGUAGGGUUAUUGUGCUACUUUUCUAGUAUGUUCUCAGCACGUGGUCUCUCCAUUCUGGAACCCUAAGAGCCUCCCUCCCAUAACACUCUAGGUGAGAGAAGUGGUCCUGGGUUUGCCUCUGGCCCUAACCCGAGGGUUCUGUGCAGCGCUUGCCAUGGCAUAGGAAGCCCUCCAUCAAAACUAAUCUCGCGUGGGCUCUCACAUGAGAGCACCAUCAUGCACAUUUCACAGUUCCACUGAGUUUUAUCACCCAGGGGGCCCCUCACCCUGGUAGAGCCCACCCCCAGCUGCAGAACCUGCACCUGGAGGGCCUGGCUGAGGACCUGCUUCUGUGAAGGUAGCCUGUGCCAUCCACAGGUCACCAAAGAACUCUCAGACCUAGAGACAGGCCGCUCCCCACGGUGCUCCGCCCAGUUGGAGGUGGGAUCUCAGCAGGGCUCAGCUGCAGCUCUGCCCUGGUGGUGUGAGCCCUGUCCGGGGCAUUUGUGGUUGUCAAAACUACCAUUGCUCUAGACAUUAAGUGAGUUAGGUCAGGAGUGCCACUCUAUACCUCAGUACCCAGGACAGCUGCCCCCAGAAAGUGGCCUAGCCCGGGCCCCGUCCUAAGGUAUCCCAAGCAGGAGAGAGUGAGUGAAGUUGAGAGACCAUGGAGAAGAGAAUCAGGAGUGCUGCAUGCCCCAUUAUCCCAUCUUAAGUGCGAGUUGAGAGUGGCCAGCUGGUGAACAGGUAGAUGAGGCGGCCCACAGCCAGGCUGCCCGAGUGAGUGACACAGCAGUGCAGAAACAGUGGCAACGCUGGCUUCUAAGGGCUCCCCCAGGGCCCUAGGAACUCCCGGACGGAUCAGUGCUGGGCCAGAGGGUAGGGAUCAAACAGCCAUGGAGGGGGCCUCGGAAGGAAUUUUCCCCACACAGUUUAUUCACCUACCAAGACAGGCAUGGAUGUGGUGUGUGGGCAUUCUGCAGAGAAGCACAACCAACGGGAUGUAUGUAGAGAUUCGUUGUGAGGAAUUGGCUCACAUGCUAAUGGGCACUGAAGUUCCAAGAUCUGUGGCCUGGAAGCUGGAGGGUGCAUGUGCAGUCCCAGCCUAAGUCCAAAGGCCCAGGAAUCAAGAGAACCAACUGCACAGCUGCUGUCUCAUUUCCAGAGGGCCACAGAGUUCAAAGACAGGAAGAACACCACAGUGUCGCAGCCAAGCCAGGGAGGAGGAGUUAGGUCCCUUGUUCAAAGCCCUUUGGUUCUGUCUGGGCCUUUGGCUAAUGGGACAAAGCCUACCACAUCUGGAAGAACAGCCUGCUUUAUUUAGUCUGCCAACCUAAACACCAGCCUCAUCCAGAAGUACUCUCAGGCACACCCAGGAUGUUUGACCAAGUGUCUCGCCACCCGGUAUCCCAGUCGAGGUGACAAAAUGUACCAUCAGAGGUGGUAAGAGUAAUCUCAUGACUUCUGGGAAGCUGUU